CAAAGGUCUUUCUCAUUUGCUGUCAGGGAUUCUUUAGUUAAUGUUGGUCCUUUGAAGGACUUCUCCUAUGGGCUAAGGAUAAAUGCAGAUGCAAAUGCUACUGGAAUUGCUAAACAGAGCAAUUAUGAACUGGUGUGCUGUUCGGGUCAUGGAAAGAAUGGUUCGCUGUGUUCUUCCUCGGUCAAUUCGUCCAGAAAUGAUUACUGAGGUUGCACUACCAGGUUGCAAGGGAAUUUGGACUGUUUACCAUAAGAAUGCAUGUGGUCAUAAUGUUGAGUCUUCCGAUGAUGAGUAUCAUGCUUUUUUAAUUAUAAGUCUGGAGGCUCGUACAAUGAAAUAUGAUGCUGACCCAGCAGCAAAGGCAGCUGCUGCAACUGUCCUUGGCAUCCAAGUUGGGUGUGGAUUCAGGUUUAAGAUUCAAUGUAGGAGAUGA